AUGGCUGCACAAGAUGGCACGAUCACGCCGCUCGAGAAGGGCGGACGUCUCGAGGACUCCAUUCACAACCGGCUGAGGGCCAAUUCAACUAUAAUGCAGUUGAACAAGAUUCUCGUUGCCAAUCGAGGCGAGAUCCCCAUUCGUAUCUUCCGUACCGCCCACGAACUAUCCCUCCAGACUGUUGCUGUUUACAGCUAUGAGGAUAGGCUUGGUAUGCACAGGCAAAAGGCGGACGAAGCAUACAUGAUCGGUACGAGAGGUCAAUACACUCCUAUCGGAGCAUACCUUGCCGGCGACGAGAUUAUCAAGAUUGCAGUGGCCCAUGGGGUGGAGUUGAUCCAUCCUGGCUAUGGGUUUCUGUCUGAGAACUCUGAGUUCGCUCGCAAGGUCGAAGAGGCUGGCAUCAUCUUCGUCGGGCCCAGCUGGAAGACUAUCGAGGAGCUCGGUGACAAGGUGUCCGCCAGGAACCUUGCCGCAAAAGCCGACGUGCCCUGCGUUCCCGGUACUGACGGCCCUGUUGAGAAGUACGAGGACGUGAAGAGCUUCACAGACAAGUAUGGCUUUCCAAUCAUCAUCAAGCUGCGUUCGGUGGUGGUGGCCGUGCGUGCCACCUCCGAGGCCAAGUCGGCUUUCGGCAACGGCACUGUCUUCGUGGAGCGCUUCCUCGACAAGCCCAAACAUAUCGAGGUGCAGCUUCUGGGUGACAACCAUGGCAACAUCGUUCACCUGUACGAGCGUGACUGCUCUGUUCAGAGACGUCACCAGAAGGUUGUCGAGCUUGCGCCAGCGAAGGAUCUACCGGUCGAAACCCGCGAUGCCAUUCUCAACGACGCUGUCAGGCUCGCGAAGACCGCCAACUAUCGCAACGCAGGCACUGCUGAGUUCUUGGUCGACCAACAGAACCGACAUUACUUCAUCGAGAUCAACCCACGUAUUCAGGUCGAGCACACGAUCACUGAGGAGAUCACUGGUAUUGACAUUGUCGCUGCUCAGAUCCAGAUCGCUGCAGGUGCUACGCUCGCGCAGCUUGGUUUGACGCAGGACCGCAUUUCUACUCGCGGCUUCGCCAUUCAGUGCCGCAUCACCACAGAAGAUCCUGCGCAGGGCUUCCAGCCUGAUACUGGCAAGAUUGAGGUGUACCGAUCUGCAGGUGGUAACGGUGUUCGUCUUGAUGGUGGCAAUGGCUUCUCUGGCGCGAUCAUCACUCCCCACUACGAUUCCAUGUUGGUCAAAUGCUCAUGCCAUGGCUCCACCUACGAGAUCGUUCGGAGGAAAAUGCUCCGAGCGCUGGUCGAAUUCCGCAUCCGAGGCGUCAAGACAAACAUCCCGUUCUUGACAUCGCUCCUUACCCAUCCGACCUUCAUCGAGGGCAGUUGCUGGACGACCUUCAUCGACGAUACUCCUGAGCUGUUCAAGCUGAUCGGAUCGCAGAACAGAGCUCAGAAGCUGCUUCAGUACCUUGGCGACGUUGCAGUCAAUGGAUCCAGCAUUGCUGGCCAAAUUGGCGAGUCGAAGUUCAAGGGUGACAUCAUCUAUCCUAAGAUCAUGCAGGAGGAUGGCAAGACCGAGGUCGAUCUCUCGAAGCCAUGCCAGGUCGGGUGGAAGCAGGUUCUCGACAAGGACGGCCCAGAGGGACUCGCAAAGGCUGUUCGUGCCAACAAGGGCUGUCUGAUCAUGGACACAACUUGGAGAGACGCUCACCAGUCGCUACUGGCCACUCGUGUCCGCACAGUCGACCUAUGCAACAUUGCUAAGGAAACCAGCUACGCUCUCAGCAAUGCAUUCGCUCUCGAGUGUUGGGGCGGUGCCACCUUUGACGUCGCCAUGCGCUUCUUGUACGAGGAUCCGUGGGACCGUCUUAAGAAGAUGCGGAAGCUUGUGCCAAACAUCCCCUUCCAGAUGCUGCUUCGAGGUGCCAAUGGUGUGGCGUACAAGUCAUUGCCCGACAAUGCCAUCUACCACUUCUGCAAGCAGGCGAAGAAGUGCGGUAUGGAUAUCUUCAGAAUCUUUGAUGCUCUGAACGACAUCGAUCAGCUUGAGGUCGGUAUCAAGGCUGUGAAGGAGGCUGGCGGUGUUGUGGAGGGCACCGUUUGCUAUUCCGGUGACAUGCUUAUUCCAGGCAAGAAGUACAACCUCGAGUACUACAUGGAUCUCAUUGAGAAGAUCGUGAAUCUUGGUAUUCACAUUCUCGGUGUCAAGGAUAUGGCUGGUGUUCUGAAGCUCCUGCCGCGAAGAUCCUGA